AUGAAGGCCUUCCCGCUCGCUUUUUGCAUUGCCACCUGCGCCACGGCUUUGCCGCCGCUGCGCGCGCGACGCAAGGUCGAAACUGCGCGGCGCGCCGCCGGAGUCGCCGGCGGCGGCGCCGCACCGGCGCCGCUGCGGGGCUACGCGUCGCUCGCCGUCGCCGGCGGCGCCGCGCCGGCGCCGCUGCGCGGCUACGCGUCGCUCGCCGGCGGCAUGCUCGUGCACCUCGUCCUGGGCACGCUCUACUGCUGGGGCAACUUCGUCAGCUACGUGCCGCCGGCGAUGCGGCGCCUCGACGGCGCCGCCGCGGCGCCCGGGUCGCCCGGCGACGCGCUCAUCGCGUUCCCGCUGACGAUUUUAGUGCAGUGCGGCACCAUGCCCUUCGGCGCCCGCGCCGUCGAGCGCUUCGGCCCGCGCGCGGCGACGCUCGGCGGCGGCGGCCUCGUGGCGCUCGGCGUCUUCCUCGCGUCGUUUGCGACGACGCUCCGCGCGUUCCUCGCGUGCUACAGCGGCCUCGUCGGCGCGGGCAUCGCCCUGGCCUACACGGCGCCCCUCGUCGCGGGCUGGUCCUGGUUCCCGGACGCGCGGGGCUUCGUCAACGGCGCCGUGCUCAUGGGCUUCGGCGCCGGCGGCUUCUUCUUCAAUCUGUUGGGGACGCGGCUCGCGAACCCCGGCGGCGUCCCGGCCUCCGGCGGCGCCUUCCCGGACGAGGUCUACGCGAACUUCCCCGUCAUGCUGCGGAAGCUCGCCCUGGUCUACGGCGCCGUCGUCGCCGUCGGCGGGUCGCUCGUCGCGCCGCGGCCCGCGGCGGCGGCCGCGGCGGCGGCCGCGGACCGGACGCCCGCGCGGGCCAUCGUGCUGAGCCGCAACUUCGGCGUGCUCUACGCGGCGACCGUGCUCUGCGCGUCCGCGGGGCUCACGUCCGCGUCGGUCUACAAGGUCUUCGCGACGACCGCGGGGCACGGCGACGGCUUCCUGUCCGGCGUCGGCGCGGUCGGCGCGCUCUGCAACGGCCUCGGCCGCCUCGCCUGGGGCGCCCUCGUCGACGCCCGCGGCUUCCGGGGGCCCUUCCUCGCCAUGCUCCUGGCCCAGGCCGCCGUCACGGCCGCCGCGCCCGCGGCCGCGGCCGCGGGGCCCCGGGCCUUCCUCGCGACGGUCGCCGCGGCCUUCUUCUGCCUCGGCGGCAUCUUCUCCAUGGUCCCCUCGGCCGUGGGGCUCCUCUUCGGCCGGGGCGACGCCGCGCGGGCCUACGCGCUCCUCUUCAACGCCACGCGGAUCGCCAUGGGCAACUACUUGAGCCGGAGGAGCGCCGAGGAGCGGCUCGAGGCCCGGGUCGCCUACCUCGAGGCGGAGAACGCGUCGCUGCGGCGCGCCGCGUCGCGCGGCGACCUCCGCGCGCCGCACCACCGGCCGCGGCUCCCGAGCUGGGACUGGGAGUUCCGCAUCCCCAGCGACGUGCUCAUCCUGUGCCUGUCGCGCGUGCCCUUCGACGACCUGGGCAGCGUGCGCGCCUGCUGCGGCCGCUGGCACCGCAUCGCGCGCGAGGCGUCGUUCGCGCUCGAGCGGCGGCAGACAGGGCAGGACAAGGGUGAUUCAACGCGGCGGAGCGGCUUCGCGGAGAGCCGCCUCGUCGUGGGCUUCAACGUGGCGAACUGCGGCGAGAACUGCGGCGACGCCUGCGACGCGCCACCGCCGGACCGCUGGUGGGCCCUGACGCUCGCGCGGGGCGGCGCGGGAGAGGUAAUCCGCGCGGAGCCGCUGCCGCCGGCGCCGCGGCGCGCGCGCGCGGCGUCGCACGCCUUGGUCGCGGACCCGCCCGUGCCCGGCGUCGCGCUCUUCGGCGGCGAGGGCGCCGUCGGCGAGGCGAACGUGCCCCUGCGCCUCGACGUCGCGCGGCGGCGGUGGACCGCGCUCGCGGAGACGGCCGUCGACCACCUCGCGUACCGCGCGGCCGGGUCCGUCGGCGGGCGGCUCUACCUCUGCGGGGGCCUCUUCUUCGGCGGCGACGCGUCGCCGCGCUUCGAGGCCGGCGUCCAGGUCCUGGAGGGCGCCGGGCCGGCCCUGGGAGCGCCGGGCGCGUGGGCCGAGCUCGCGCCGAUGCCGAGCCCCGCGUCCGGGGGCCACACGGCGGCGCUCGGCGGCCUGCUCUACGUCUUCGGCGGCUACGAGCGCCUCGGGUCGCCCAUGGGCGCCAUGCUCGCGUUCGACCCGGCGGCGGGGACCUGGGCGCGGCUCCCGCGCGUGCCCGCGUCGUGCGUCGCGACCGCCGCGGCCUUCGGCGGCGAGCUCCACGUGCUCGCGGGCGACGACGACGAGGACCCGGACGAGGAGGACAACAAGGCGACGCACCACUUCAUCUACGACCCGGGCGCGGCCGCGUGGCGCCAGGGCGACGCGCUCCCGCGCGACCUCACGCCGCGGCGCAACAACAACGGCCUCCACUCGCCCGCGGUGCUCGUCGCCCUCGACGACCGCCUCGCGCUGAUCACCUUCCAGCUCCCGGCGCGCGACUACCGGAGCCUCGGCCUCCACACGUGGACGCGGCGCGCCGCGUGGGCCCGCGCGGACGCGACGGCCUUCACAUCCGCGCUCGACGACGCCAUGCCGCGCCGCGAGACGCCGACCAUGGAGCACUGGAGCAGCGACCUCGGCCGGGGCCGCCUCUUCUCCGCGUCGGCGUGCUACCUCGGCUAA